AGGAAGUGGAACACAAAUUGGAGAGCGAGCAAGAUCCUGAUCAGAAGAAGUAUCUGCAGAGGAAAGAGGAGCAGCUGUGGGAAGAAAAGCUUUCUCCUGCUCAGACAAAUUGUUUUCAGUCUUCAUGCUACACCUAUAACUACGGGUCUGGUGGAAGAUAUUUUGUCUACAUUCUGGACCAGGGUGAUGGAGAAACGAGCUGAGAUGCCUACUCAAGAUGAUUUCAAGGAGAAAUAUGCUCUCACCAAAUUCCCUAUUUGUUGUCUUCCCCAUCUUGGUCACAGGCAGCCCAGUCUUCUGUGGGAAGGGCUAGACCAGCUGUUCAGUGCGUCACAAGAUUCUUGAGACUAUCUGGAAAGCUGCACUGGACGUUGUGAUUGUUUGUGAUGUGUCUGUACGAGAUUGCAGUGCAGCAGCCCCGUGUGUUUCUCACGGGGGUGGCGGAUGAAGCUACUGGUGCUGAAGGCUGGUGAGGUCUUCAUCCAUGACAAGUCUGGAACCGAUAACUUGACGUUCCUCUUCAACCAAGUGGUGCAUCAGCAUCUCAGGUACCCUGAACAUGACCCGUGGUCGUAUUUAACAGGGAGAAUCCUGGAGUUGGCAACCACGGUUGCAGAGCUAGAAGCGCUGAAUGUGAGCAUGGGGACUGCUACACAUGGAGUGGUCCUCUCAUAUUGGACGAUGAAGUACCUAACUGACCGAUUUACAUCAGGAAGUGGACUCAACCAAUCGAUGCUGGACAAGUUCGCUGCUUCGGUAACACUGUAUACUUUGCUGGGAGGGGAAGGUCACUUCUUCGUGUGGCCACUCACUUGGCCAAGGCGUUGCAGCAGUUUGCUGCUCGUGUACUGGACGAUUGUAGCAUCCUGGACUUCCAGAGGCUGCAGCUCUUGUUUCGAGGGAGGCAUCGGACAUUUGCUACUGCUUUGGAGAAUUGUAUCAUGGCGAAUCCAUUGGCAUCAGAGUUGACACGGAGUUAGGCACAAAGAGGGGUGUAGUGGCCUCGAGUGUGGUGGAUCGGCGACGCAUUCUGUUCAGCAUAAACAGGACAGUCUUGGAUGAUAUAUACAGCUUCUUUGCAGGAGUCCCCAGCAGCGAGGCAGAGGCAGCAAAAGCUUUAGUACAAAGUGCGGUGAUGAACAUGUUUUUCGGGCGCGGGAAGAUGGUUGUGAUCAACCCCACUUUGUCACUUAUAGAAUUUGGAUUGGCCAGGGUGGGAGAAUAUGGGAAACGAGUCCAAUGGAUUCAGGAUGGGGAGGACGGUAUUGUUGUUGAUGGAGACAAGUCAUGGAAGGUGGAGAUCUGGGAACCACUUGUUUUAAUGGCGCUGUGGCAAUUUUAUAAGGAACAAUCUUCCUGCAAUAAGAGUAG